AUGGCCAUACUGGUCUUGCGGCUUGCUCUCCUAUUGACUACUGUCCAGAUCAGGGGACUACACGUGCUAGGACCGGAAACCGGCCAUAUUGGUGGGAGAUUGAGCGACUCGCGAGAUCUCAGCUACCACCCUGUUGAUCUCCGAGCACACGGAAUCCUCGACCACGACACCUCUGCAACAUUUUGCAGGGAGCUCGAAGAGACCUCUCGACAAAGACAAUACCUGCUUCGCCUCAAAGCCCCGGCGGGAGCUUUGGUAUGCCGUCUUUAUUCGUUCGACACAACUGACAGGAUCCAACAUGGGCUCGUCCGCUGGUAUGGGUCACCAGACUCAAAAGCCUCAGACAAGCUGAGCUUAGCGGAUGUCCUAAGCUACGGCAAGGACAUCAAAGAGCUGGCUGUCUAUCCGCAUCGGUCUACCGUUAACUACCAGUGCUCUGACUCCUUCCGAAUCCCACAUGAUACCAAGCCCGCCAGUUUGUAUACUAUAUACUGGAUGUGGAACACCACGCAGAUUGUGGGGGAUGGUUUGGUCUUCCAGUUAUACACUUCAUGCUUCGAUAUCGAAAUCACUAAGCCUAUUCAAGAGCAAUCACCCUCGCACGGCGCGGAAAGUCAGCGGUCGGAAACAGGGCGCCAGCCACCCACAUCUGCCAACAGCCAACCCGCUCUAGGUGUACCCUCAUCUAGCGAGCAUCUCCUAUCCUCACAGUCCGGAGAGUCCCCCGGCACAGGAUCCAGUUCCGUAAUUGCAUUCAGUACUGAAUCGUCUCGUCAAAAAUCUAGGGUGAGUGUGGCAUCUUCCUCCCAGCCGGGACUGAGGUGGCCGAGUUCAGGAAACAGCAAGAUGGGGACGCCCACUCUAUCCACUGAGUCCUCUUCAUCCAUCCUGAUAUCGCUAUCGCUCUCAACUCCGCCGUCUUCGUUGUUACCUCUGGGCAUCACAAGUGCCUCCUCAUUAUCUACUUGUUCACCCACUGCCCCCAGGCCAUCCACUCAGAUGGUUAGUGUGGGCCUCGGAGAAGCGGUUGAAUUCUCGCCACAAUCCCUUGAUGUCUCAGUCGGAGAUACAGUGUGGUUCUACACAGUUGACGCACCCUAUGGCUCCUUCGCGAUCUACAACACCACUCUUAAUGAACCCUGUAUCCCCCUUGCACGAUUUGGGGAUGACGCGCAUCGACAUGUGCUGAUCCGAGUGAAUGAUACCGCACCUAUGUGGUUUCUGGGAAGUCGGAACCAAGAGCUUCUCCAUUGUUACCCCCCUGCGCACUUCGCUUUGAACCCAGGGUCUCAGUGGAGUGAAUACCAUGAGACGAUACAGCAUUCAGUUGUUCUCACUACCAUCACUACCACUGUUGUGUACCCCCAGCCAACUUGA